CACGAGACGUCAACUGAAGAAGAAGAAUAUCGAAGGGUCGUUUCCUGGUCAAAGUCCAGCUGGAGAUAAGAAAAACAAACGUCAUAAUGCCUUGAAAGUACUAAAAUGACUAUUAUAUGUUUCUUUUAUUUUUGGUAAUGUGUACAUUUACACUUCAGACAUGCAGGACUCAGUAGACUGCCUUGUCCGAGAGUUGGAGUCUUACAGAGGAAGAGAUCGAAUCAUCAGGACGCUUUGUUACGGCUCCCAGUUCGUCGGAGGCAUUCUUUCCUGCAAGACAGAUGGUUCGUCCCCUAACCUCGGAAAAAGCCUUCUGCUGUUGUCUGCUCAGCUAAGCCAUUGCAGGACAGUGCUGAGACUUUUUGAUGAUCUCUCCAUGCUGGCUUAUACCCACAGUUACGGAUUUGGUGCUAAGGAGAAAGACAGAGCCGUGCGCUGGAUAUCAGUCCUUGAGAAUGUGGCCGACCAGCUGUACUACCCGUGUGAACACGUGGCCUGGGCGGCAGAUGCUCACCUCAUUCAAGCAAAGUCUGAUCCAUGGUGGCACUUAAGUACCGCGCUGUGGGGAACCUCGCUGCUGCUUGGCAUACUGAGGUCCCUCCGACUUCUGCUGCUGCUCAGGAGAAAGAGGAGAUGUGAGCGAGAUGGAAGCAGGGACCGUGAGCUCCGCAGACGGAUGCAGUCGGAACUGCUUUCUAUCGUUGGGUUUAUGGCGGACCUCAGUAACGCCGUCCACUGGAUGCCGCAUGGCUUCCUGUGGGCGGGUCGGUUCCCCACCUGGAUGGUGGGGCUGAUGGGUACCAUCUCUUCUGUGACUAUGUGGAUCAAGAUGAAUGCUGAAGAUCACAACCAGUCAUGCAGCGUUUAGUCAUUUCUAUCACUCUGUGGUCAGCACUGGAAUGUAGAAAUUAUCUUAGAUUUAAUUUAAUAUUAGUGUAUGAUCAGUCAUUUAUGCAUAUUAUUUCAGCAUUUUUAUAAUAAAAACGCACAAUUUGUUUA